AUGUACACGUCUAUUGUCUUCCUAAGCUUGAUCGCUUGGGCCCAUUGCCUGGACCCAGAGGUACAAGAAAAGUUCGAGAAGUUAACACGCGACGAGUUUGUCGUUUAUUUUAAUAAAAGGAACUUCACGUGGAAAAUAAAAAAUAAUGAUUUUAUCGAUGAAAAGAUUAUGAGCAGCGUGGAGCUCCACUCAGUCGAUAUUCCGAUAAAAAUCAAAAGCAUGGAAAGUUUUUCAAGGAAAGCCGAUAAUUGUAGCUCAAGUUGGGCCAUUAGCGCGGUAGAGGUUGCCUCAGAUAGAACAUGCAUAAACAUGCAAGAUGAUUUUUUCCAAAUUAUCCCAUUAUAUAUUGUUUCGUUCUCAGAAUUUGAUCUAACUUGUUGUAAAAAAUGUUCGUCCAAAAGCUUUUGUACUGGAGGUUCACCCGAAGAAGCAUUAUUAUUUUAUUUGAGGAGUGGAUUGGUGACUUCUGAUUGUAAAGAAAAGCUCCCAGAUCACGAGGCGUGCGUACAAGAUUGUGACGAUAUGGAUCAGUACUAUUUGGCAGAUAAACAUUUCGGACAAUCCAUAUACAUAAUGCCCGAAGACGACCCUGAGAUCCGCCGGGACAUAUUCAUUUACGGGCCACUGCUUGCUAUUUUCAAAGUGUAUGAAGAUUUCAAAGAUUACAGCAGUGGAAUCUAUGAGCAUACACAUGGAAAGUUUGUUGGGUACCACAGCGUCAAGGUAAUUGGUUAUGGUGAAGAAGAUGGGACACCUUUCUGGCUGGCAGUGAACAGCUGGGGAAACGAAUGGGGUGACAGGGGUAUCGUAAAGAUAAAACGCGGCCAAGCCUACGUUGAUUUCGAGAAACGCAUGGUAGGAGUAACCCCGAGAUAUCACAGACAUUAA